AUGGCCGAUGAUGAUACUCAGGCUGCUGCUGCUCUGGCCGCAGCAACCCCCUUCCGUGGUCCAAUCCGUGGAGCGGCUCCUUCCAGAUGUGGCCGAUGCCCAGGCCAAGGCAUCCUGGCUAUUCAUAUUCUAAUAACCACCAAGCCUCAUACUAUGGAUGAUGGACUCAGUGCAAAAGAAAGGAUAUGCUUUCUUAAUUCCAUGAUGGAUCUUGGAAGCGAUGUUCAAGUUCGUGCUGCUGGAGGUCUCCUAGCCAUAUUAGACAAUGAGAGACUUCUUGACACCAUUGAGCAGAUGGAAGGUGGAGCAUCCAUUGCAAUCGAUUCUGUGUUAGCAUUGAACGCCUUGACUUAUAAUCACAGAGAUAAGUUCCUUAAACUCGAUGCAACUGCUCAUGAAGCACUACAGAUUUUUCAAGUAGAUAAACACCCUAGUUACAUGGGAAUUGGAAGGGCUAAAGAAGGGUAA